AUGGCAAAAAAAAGGGCCAUUGAGGCUGCAUUAAAGGGGUACGAGAUGGAUCGAGAGCGGGCGGCCAUGGAUCCGUCCAUCAGGGCACCGCCCGUCUCCCGGAGUAGUAAACCCCUUCCGCGGGAGGAGGAGCUCGCGAAGGAGAUGAGACUGACCCUCACACCUGACCUCGGAGCGGUCAUAUUUGACCACGUAGGGGUCAUCGAGAAGGUGGCCAGUCAGUCAAACAACCUCAAGGGGACGUUCGUGCGCCUGCUCCGCGAGGCGGCGUUGUUUAUCAAACACGCCGCCGUGGAGCAGGGAAAAAGGACAACGGCAACCGGGCGCGAGGAGGAGCUGGAGCGUACGACGCUCCUCUUCCGCGCCCGGGUGAACGAACUUGAACAGUUGCUUGGCCGUGGAUCCAUCGCCGACAUCCCCAAAGAGCGACGUCCCCCCGCCGCGGCUCGUCCGCCGCGGCCUGCGGUGGCCCCUAUGAAGGUGGAGAUGCCGCCUCCGACCGCCGAGCUGGCCCAGACGCGGCCUCGGCAGCGUCGGAUAGCGACGACGACAACUCCGCUGCCGUCAGUGGCACCCUCUGCUCCGCCUCCUGCGCCGCCGCCUGCGAAGCCGCCCCAGCGGCGGGCCCUAUUGCAGGCCGUGAAAAGCACUAACAACCCGCCCGCCGCUGUCGCUGCCCCAACGAAGGCAGGGCCCACCUCCCAGCCACCGGCGUUAAAUAACGCGCCCAGAGAAUCCUGGGCCGCAGUCGUCGGAAGGAAGGUGCGGCGCGGCCAAAACAAGGCUGCUGCCGCCGUCGCCGCCCAGCCUCGCCAGCAUCCGGCCGCUAAAGGACCGGAAAAACGGCCAAGAGGCGGCGCCUCCGGCUGGAGGACGCUGGUAUAA